UGUGAUUAUCAAUGAUAUUUAAAUGUAUUUAUUCGGAUUUAAUGCAAAAAAUCUCAAAUAUCUCCAAAAUCCACAAAAAUCUGAUUUAUUUAUUCGAAAUAUUCGAAAAUAUGUCAUACAAUUGAUGUUUAUUUCAAAUAUCUCAAAUAUCUCACAAGAUUCAGGAGCGUGAUAUUCCCCUAGCCUUUGAUAUCACACUCUAACGAUAUUUUGUUGUCUAAAUGCAAAAUUUUGUUCAACCAACUUUAGUGGAAAUGAUAAAAGUUGUUUACACAAACCUCAACAUCCGUGUCAGUCGACACUUGUGUGGACGAAGUGCAGAUUUUAUCGAAACACAAAUGGGAAUUUUGUUUAUUUUGUUCACAUUGACUUAGAUUCAACCUUCGUUCCACUAUGUUCAUGUGGAACAAAAUCCAUUGCAGAAGCCACUAGAUUGCACGAGUCAAUGCGAAUUUCUUCAUUUGAGCGGAUGUGAUUCAGAGCCGCAGGCGACAAACUACAUAUACUUGAUGAAAAUUUCAUCUUAAUAUGUCUUAAUAUGGAACCGAAUGCGAUAUAAACAUGUUAAUCCCACGCAAUUCAGAGGAAAUAUUUUUGUUUACUGUGUUACUGGAACACUUACAACCUUCGCGAUUCGUUUGAAACGUAAAAUUAGUUCAUUAUAUUGCGUUGAAGUGAUCGCAUCAGAUCUUUAUUAUUCUUUGAAUUUCGGCCAAAAAAAUCCAUUGUAAAAAUGAAUCGAAUGUGGUUUAUUCCAUUCGUUUUGACGUUGAUUCAUGUGGCACAUUCGGCACGAUACCAAAACAUUGGCUCGUGUUAUUAUUUCGACGGUUCGUUUGCCGAUUGCAAUUUAACGCUCAUCUGUGUCUCGAGUGCCGCUUACCACAACAUUUUCACGGAUGACUCGAAAACCAUUUGUGCGAACCAGCAUCUUUACGCAGAAUACGAGGAUGGAUAUCGGAAGCCGUGGAUAGGAACGAUCAACUUUCAAGACUGUGAACGGCCAGUGAUUCCAAGUAAUAUAUUCGAGUUGUACAGCAAUGUGCACACGUACAAUAUGUCGGAUUUGGGUUUGACAUCACUACAAAUGAACAGUUGUCAGCACGCCAAGAACUUGCUCAAGUUCAAUGCUUCAAUGAACAAAAUCAUUGAAUUGGGUAAAAACCAGCUCGGCGACUGUAAAUUUCUCAUCGAAGCAGAUUUUUCAUUUAAUCGAAUCAGCAAAAUCGAUCCGGAUUUUUUCCCUGUUGAAAAUCAACUGGAGCUUUUAAAUUUACGCUUCAAUAAUAUUAGUGAAUUAGCCGUUCAUUCGUUUCAACACCUCGUCGAAUUGAAACAACUUUUAUUAUCGAACAAUCAGAUUAUUCAAAUUCCAACAUUUUUGCUGCACACAAUGAAAAAUCUCAUCGAAAUUGAUUUUUCGUACAGUAAAAUCGCAAAAAUCAACGCGUUCACCUUUUCCGGUGAUUUCGAACUUGAAAUUCUCAACUUAUCCCAUAACCAACUCGUUUCUUUGGAAUGGAAAUUUUUUAAAAACGGAAAUCUGAAGCAUUUAGAGCAAUUAGAUUUGUCGAGCAAUUCGAUAGGGGAAAUUAAAUCGGGAACAUUUUCAUCGAUGAUCAACUUGCGCGUACUGAAUUUGGCACAGAAUAAAUUGAAAAGUCUGAAUGCAAACAUUCUUCCGCCACGAGCAAAGCAUUUGAAAACACUUACGAUUGCCCAAAAUCAGAUGCAAGAACUGAUUGGAUUCACGAAUUAUAGAAUUCCCAACGCUAAAAUUAUGGGCAUGAGUGAGUUUAAUUGCUCGUAUUUCAAUACUGUAUUCCAAUCGCUCACUUGGAAGCACGUGGACGUCGUUUCGAAGCUCAUCGAAUGCAACACGGUCAAUGAAGGAACGGAUUUCAAUGACUACAGCGAUGUCACCGAAUUCGAUGAAGAUGAAAUAGAUGAUGGAAAGGCGAAAAAACAAUAUUCAACGGUAAAGGAACAUAAUGAAAGUGGAUCAGGUUUAUUAGUGUCUACGUGGAUCAAUGCCAUUUGCCUGAUUAUCAUCGUGCUUGUGUUGGUCUGGGUUGUUUUUCACAAACAAUUGCCCAAGAAAAACUUUUUCACCAGCGUUCUCUAUCGCCGAGGUGACCACGAAUCGUUGAAUGUUAUCGAAAACAACGGAUACGAUGUGAUUGAUAAGAGAGCAUACGAAAUUUAGACAUAAUCUAUUGGCGACUUACGAUUAUUUUACACGAUUUAUGUCAGAAUAAUGAUAAUUUUAUUUUGUAUAUCUUGAAUAUUAAGCUGAUUUUUGCUCGUAUUUGCCAGCGAGAAAAGAAGAUUUAUUGAAUUUUAAAUUACUAACGCUCACUAAACUUUUGUUAAGCCAUAGACGUCUUGCGUUAAAUGAAAUGAAAAAUAGAUUUCAAUGAGUAUUUUGUAAACCAUCAAUCUCUUGAUUAAAAUAUAUAAUAUUUAUUUGGAAGAAUGCAAUAAUUUUGUUUCAUUCAUGGUAUGGUAAAGAAUUUACAUUUUAUCGUUUAAUUUGAGUGAAAUGAAUUAUUUUGGACGCUAAACUCCAAUUUGUGUUGCACAAGAGAGAAAAAAAGAGGUAAGAAUGGCAUUAGAAAUGGCCACUGAGUCGUUUUGAUUCAGGUUGUGCUUCAAAAAAUCUUCCAAUUUUGAAAUGAUGCCAUCAUUCAAAAAUGAAAAUUUCAAGUUAAAAUGCAAUUUCGCAAUUUCAAAUGAAUUGCAUCAGUUAAAAAAUAACAAAACUGUUUUCGGAAAAGUCAAAAGUAUAAGUAUGCAACAAAGUAAUGAACUAUAGAUAAGAAUGUUUAAGAUUUGUGCCAGUCUCCACCAGAUUACAACUUGAGUUUAUCUUACUGUCGCGACUUUGUUAGUUUUUAUCGAACAUAAGCUUGUUAACCUUCACGACACAAAAGAACGCAUCAUUAUCCGGCACUAGCCACAUAAUUUCACAACAUUUCGACGAAUUUCUUCAUUCGAAAGGAUGUGAUUCAGAGCAUCGGACGAUGUAAAGUGUGACUUUGGCUUUGGUCUUUGUUCGAAAUGGGAAUUGAAAUGGCAAGCGAUUAAUGAGCACAGCACCCACACAUUUGAUAACAUAUUCCGUUUCGUUGACAGUAACUAAUGUCAUCCAAAUUAAUAUACUUCAGUCCAUAAAUGCUCGUCAAACCCUUCGGCUGUUCCUUGUGAAAUAAAAUAAAAAAGUCAUUAAAAAUGAAAUCCACAUUAAUUUUGUUCACUUUAGUUUUUGUCAUAACUCAAGUUUCUGCGGGCAUCAUCGAAAAUAUCAUCAUUUCGCCUCCAAAAUAUCCGUACAUUGGCUCUUGUUACUACUACGACCCUGUUGAAAAUUUAACAUUCGUUUGUGUCGAAAACGCGCGUCAACAUAACUUUUUUACCUCUGCUCCAUCCAUGUGCUUAAAUCAACACAUGUUUAGCUGUUGCCGGGGUGGAUAUCAAAAACAUUGGAUUAAGCAUAUUAAUUUUCAAUCUUGCGAACGACCAGAGCUUCCAAGUGACUUUUUCAAAGUGUAUAAAUCAGUUUUGACUUUUGAUAUGUCGCAAUUGAGAUUAACAUCGCUGCCAGUGAAUAUGUUUUCGGAUGCUGCCAAAUUAGUCAAGUUGAACGUUUCGAAUAACGAAAUCAGCGAAAUUCCAUCAUUUUUAUUUCACAAAAACGAACAAUUAACUGAAGUUGAUUUCGCAUUCAACAAAAUCGAAGUCAUCGAUGAUUAUGCAUUUGCCGGUGAUUUUAAUUUGGAAAAAAUAAUUUUAUCUCAUAAUCAAAUUGCUAGCUUUGACAAAGGAAUUUUGGAAGCCCAUUCAAACUUGACACAUCUGGAUAUUUCAAAUAAUCGAAUUAGCAUCUUGAAAGAGGAUACAUUUGGAACGCUUCGCAAUUUGGUUUCUCUGAAUUUAUCGAGCAAUUCGAUCAAAAAAUUGGAAUACAAAACAUUUGAAAAUCUUGCGAAUCUUCAACAUUUGAAUUUGUCGCGUAACAAUUUAUCGGAAAUUGAACCGAAGACAUUUUUGAAUCAAACAAACCUACUCUCUUUGGACUUAUCGCACAAUAAAUUGAUGAAAUUGGACAUUCAUGUAUUCACACCACGGCCAGAUCAAUUGCAAUUGCUUGUGAUAGGCCACAAUCAGCUGCGAGAACUGAAUGGAUUUACGAGCUACCUUAUUCCUAACACAAAAAUCGUCGGCAUCGAUACGAACCAAUUUAAUUGUUCAUACUUGAAACGAACGUUAUUUCCAUCAAUCACGUGGAAACACUUGGAUUCAAUAGCAAACCGAAUCAAUUGUAGCUCGAGUGCUGUUGUUGAAAGUACGACCACUGAUGCUACCACUUUUACGACCACAGUGAGAUCAAUGGCAACAACAACAAAAUCGAUAUUAGCAUUGGUAUCAUCAGACGCUCUUCUAACAACGACACCAACCGUGGCUGACAACAUGACAACAACAACGAUUGUUCAACGCAGUCCAAUCAAUGAUACAUCAGAAGGAAAAGUAACGUUAUCGGACGAAAAGAAUCAACCACCGAAAGAAAAUGAAAGCAACAGACCGAAUCCUAUAAAUGUUGAAGCCAAACAUGAAGGCACAAGCAAUUCCGCACACACUACAUUGUUAAUGAUCAACACACUGAUUUUAGUAAUCAUCGCAAUCGCACUAGUUUGGAUUUUGCUUCAAAAACGAACACCCAAAAA